GUGACCAGAGUCACACAAUCCAUUGACAAAACAGGAGUUGGAGCCGCAGCCCAUGCCAUGGCCAUCCAGGUCUUUCAAGUUGGUGGCAUUGUCCUGUUGGCGCUUAGUACGGUUGCCCAGACCGUGGUGCCUAAUGACAUGGUGCAGCGAUUUGAUGAAACACGACAACGCAUGGUGGGUGGACCCCGCGAGGCACGUGGCAGCGUCAAUCGGCUCAUGAGCUGGGGUUUUAUCCUUGGGAUAUUGCUGGGGUCCCUCCAAAUUCUGUUGCUUCCACUAUUGCAGAAAGUGACGCCUUUGCAAGAAGUCCGUGAAGCUGCUCGAGUUCCCUCCUAUUUGGCAAGUCUGUAUCAGAUUAUCAAUGGCUUGGUCUUUAUUGGUGAGGGCGUGAUGGUAGGCACUGGUAGCUUCAUGCAGCUGUCCCUGGGUACAAUUGUCGCUACUGCUGGGUGCUUGUGGGCACUGAAGACCUUUCCUCCAAUCUUUGGGCUGACAGGAGUUUGGAUGGGAUUUGGGGUGUUCAAUGUGCUUCGACUAAUAGGUGUCGCAAUCCACCAGUUCUACAAUGGUCCUUUGAGCCUGCGAGUUCUCAAACAAAAAGAGGCAUUGGAACAGCCAGCCAUUAGCUAG